AUGUCAAAAGACGGUGUAUCACCCUCUUUCAACGGGGCUAAGGGAGAAAAGGAUGGGGGAGUUUCUGUAUUCUCAGCGACUGAUUACAUGCCCGCCAUCUUGGCAAACCCCCUCACUGUCAGGGCAGCAGUACUUCGUAAACCUGAAUUGGCCCAGUCGUCCCUACCAGAACUAGUGGAAGAAGGCGAUAUUCUUUUUGAUGUUCUCGCUAAUCCGCUCCACCAUCCCCUGGUGACGGUCAAACAGAGUGGCGAUCCAUUGGUUUCCCAGCGACGAAGCGAGGCGGCACGACUGGCAAUGCAAGGCGUUAGUUCCGUUCUUUCGCUGCCGUCCGUAGUCGGUAAGCACUUCGUUGGUCAACCGUUUCGUGCGAUCUUAAGUUUCCACAACGCUGCAGCGUAUCCUCUAACAACAGCAGUAAUACGAAUUAAUAUCGUCACACCAUCCGUGCGGCACGUGACUCUCGUAAACCAUGAGUGCCCCGCAAUUGAAGCCAGGGGAAACGUCUCCUUUACUGUAGAGCAUCUCCUCUCAUCCCCUGGUCAGUAUACCCUCAGCGUGGUGGCCACAUGUGUUGAUGUUGUCAAGGAGCAAAAACGACUGACAUGGGCAUCGACGAUUGAGGUUGAACAUGCGAUAAUUGAAGUUCGUCGGUCACUUCGUCUUCUCCCCGCGUCGUUUGGCAGAGGUGGUGACAAUGAUAGGCAGUUGCAAGAAAAGGGCCCGAGCGCCUCAGUUGGGUCAUCGGAUUCCUUUUUUCCAUCUAGGAGGUAUGCAUUAACAGUAUGUCUGCAAAAUGUCGCAACGGUUCCGAUUGUUGUGGAAAAUGUGGAGCUACGUGUUGGGGAGACUUUUCAAGUACUGUCGUCUUCUAAAAGUGCAGUGGCGAAUCAAGUGACCACGGGACCGCACAGCGAAUCAAAUUCCGCUGGGGAAGCGGAAGAAUGUGAUAUAAGUGGUGCCAAUGUGCGCCACCUGAGCGGUGGAAUUGAGGUAGUAGACGACGUUUUUCUGAGUCCGAAGGACAAACGUAGAUAUUUCUUUGAGUUUACCAUGAGGCCAGAGGCGGUGCGCUCCCUUAUGUUGGGACAGAUGCCUCUUGCCGAACAAGUAGGUGCCGUGGCACCGCGGAUUGUCGACGUUGGUUACGUGGUUUGGGACUGGAGGCGGCCAAAUGGAGACAGUGGAAGAGACGGUAGUGGUGUCGUGCAGCUUGAGCUUCCCAGGCAUCCGAUGUUGGAAUUGCAUGUAACCAACAUGGAGCCCACGUCACCGCAAGUGGGAACCCCUGUCAAGUUUGAGUGUGCCAUCGUCAACCACCACACGCAACAAACCGUUGAUUUAGCAUUGCGGGUCCGGCCAGAGCUGCUGGCGCCAGCGUUUGUGUAUGCGGGGCCGCUGGCUGUUCCCGUGGGUGUUGUUGAGCCGAACGGAAUGACGACGCUGACACUCACACUGGUGCCGUGGCGGACGGGUUGGGUGUCGCUGAAUGGGGGUUUAGAGCUCUGUGAUACACGAGCACCGGGUUGUGUCUUGUGGCCGCCCCUACCGCAAGUUUCGCCUGGUAAGUCGGACCGGCUGAGGGAACCGUACCCACCAGUGAUUUGCGAACUUUUGGUGUGUUAA